AAUAAUUGAAUUGUAUAUGUACAUAUAACCUUGUUUACCAGUUUCAAACACGGUUCAAUUAAAAUGGUAUAAACAUAAGUUUUUAAUUCAAAUUUGCAACAACAUUAGAAUAUUGUUGCAUACUAACAUUGAUGGAUUUGUAUAAAGCACUUAUUUCACUGUGACUUUUGUUUCGAUAUUUCAAUUAUUUAUGUAAUAAACUUAUGUUACAUGUCGCUUAGAAAAAAAUUGACAUGUUAGGAUUAUUAAAAAGAAUUAACUUUGUACAUUGUGCAAAUAAUGUGCUUUUAAUUACAAGUAAUAACUGUAUAAGGAAUAAUUUCUUACAAUUAAGAGCAAUAAAACUUGCUGUAACUUGUAAGAACGACGUCGAAGAAACUACGGUAAAAAAGAAGAAAAAAACUGUACGAAUUCCUGAAAUUACACUUAUGAAUAUUGAUGGAUCUAUUACUGUUACUAAGCUAGAACAAGCAGAAAAGCUUGCUAAACGGCAUAAUUUUUACUUAAUAAAGCUGCCAUAUAUUGAUACUAAAGGUUCCAGGCAUAUUUACAAACUUGUAGAUCAUGCAACAUAUAUUAGAGAAAUAGGCACAAGUGAAAAAGAUAAAAAUAAAGAAACCAAUCAAAAUGGAAAAAAAGAUCAUAAGUACAAAAGUACUAAAUUAUUUGAAAUAUCAUCUAAGAUUAAUAAACAUGAUUUAGAUACAAAGCUGAAUAAUAUUAACAAGUUACUGAAUAAAGAUCAUAUAGUUAAAAUUAUAUUUACUUACUCUGAAAACCAUAAAAAUAAGGAAGAAGUAUUACAAGACAUAAAGAAGAAUAUCCAAGGAGUUAUGGAAGGUGAAAAGAUAUUGGAAACCUGUACAAGAUUUACUUAUUUACCUUUAAAAGCUGAAAAUGAAAAAUCUGAAAGUGAUAAUAAAGAAUCUGAUACUAAGAAAAUAUAAAUUAA